ACUCUACUUUGCUCGAACAGUCAUUUUAACAAAUUAAAUUAUGUAUAACAUUAUCACUCUUGUGUAUUUAGCCUUACAACUUUGACAUCAUCGUAACUCAUUUUUAGUCCAGGAUUUAUUUUUAGUCUCGUCACUCAGUUGUGAAAUCAUGUUUGCCAGAUCGAUAUUGUUAUGUGUUGUUAUAAGUUUGCAGACCUGUUUCAUAUUAAGCUUUAAUUCUUGUCAAUCGAAAACGUGUCAAGGAUGCAUCCAGGAUCCUAGUGUGUGCGUUUGGUGCGCAGCGAAUGAGUAUAAUGGGACUCGAUGCAUAUCACGGAAUAAUGUCAGCAAAAAUUGGUGUCCAACAGGUUUGGAAGACCCAGGACAUGUUGUUGAGGCACCAGAAAAUCAAGAAUUUAACUCCAGUUCAGAUCACGUAAUUCAAAUCAAACCUCAAAAAUACAAGUUAAAAGUUCGGGCGGGAAAAAUCCAAAAUAUCACUUUUUCUUUCCAACCUGCCCAAGAUUAUCCGGUCGAUCUAUAUUUUCUGUUCGAUGCAUCAAAAACCAUGUCUUCGGUACAAACUGCAAUUGCAACACAGAGUGAAAAAAUAUAUUUCGCAAUGAAAAAUAUGACUAGUAAUGUGCAUUUGGGAUUGGGGACGUUUAUUGAUAAGAGAGUUCUACCGAUGGUGCAAUACAGAUCAUUCAAUACAUCGUACUCAUUUCGACAUCACCUAAAACUAAGCGAUGACUUCAAGUCAUUUCGAGAAUUGGUAUCCCACUUGCCCCUCGGGCAGAACAGAGAUAUUCAGGAAGGUGGGUUCGAUGCUCUGGCACAGGUGAUGGCCUGCAAGGACAUUAUCGGAUGGAGAAACGAGUCCAGAAAAAUAAUAUUAUUCCUAACUGACGGACCAUACCAUGCCGCUGGAGAUGGCAAAUCUGCCGGACUCUUUCAACCAUACGACGGUCGAUGCUAUACCGAAAACAAUUCUUACACAAAGGAACAAGUCAUGGACUACCCUUCAGUAGGCAUCAUAGACCAACUCGUAAGAGAACGUGAUAUUAUCGUAAUGUUCUUUAUUGAAAAGGAAUUUGAGCUCCUCUAUUCCGAAUUAAGCAAAGUAAUAAGUGGAUCAAAACUUUCUAUCUACAACAAAAACAAGGUGGAUUCGAUGGAGAAUUCUCCGAUUGUAGAAAAAUUAAAAAAUAUUUAUGAGAAAGUUUCAACGAAAAUCAAACUGAAGGUUAACGUUAGGUCUGGGCAGAAGAAAAAUAUUGAAAUAUUGUUUAAUCCAGACUGCACCCAAGAUACAGCAGGAGCCGAAUGUGACGUGGAAAUGGGGAAAGAGCUGCAGAUAAAUGGAACUGUGAAGGUCACAGAAUACAUAAACAACAAUGUUCUUAUAGAUGUUGCUGUCGAAGGUAUUAGCGAGAAAUUAACGCUGGAUAUUGACGUUAUUAACAGCUGUGGAUGUGAAGCUCAUGUUGAGGAAAAGUCUGAUUUCUGUCACGGAGAGAGACGGUUCUGUGGGGAGUGUAGCUGCAGCAGCAGAAGGUACGGUAAGAAUUGCAUUUGCGUGAAAAGCGAAGCAAACAGCUUUAAUGACACUUCAACUUGCACUGCUAAGGGUGAUAAAAAUAUCUGUAGCGGACGUGGAUCAUGUACCUGUGGUACUUGCUCUUGUGCAGAAAGGUACGAAGGUCAAUUUUGCGAAUGGAACAUGGACAGCUGCCCAAGAGGUUCAAACCAGAUGCUUUGUAGCGGUCAUGGUACAUGCAAAUUUGGAAAAUGCAACUGUAACGACGAAUGGUCUGGUGACGCCUGCGAUUGUUACAAUUUGGACACCGACUGCAAGGGAGACGAUGGAAAAACUUGCAACAAUCUUGGCCAUUGCGUAUGCGGUGUGUGCAAAUGCGACCCGCCCGCGCAAUGGGACGCUCGCACUCAUCAAGACAAAACCUGCAAAGUGUUGCCAUGUGACGAUUGCCACAAACUACAAUGUAGGAAGCUGGAGAAAUGCGCAAAAUGUCAGCGUAACAACGGAGACUGCUUCAUGUGCAGUGAUCGAAUCAAAGCAGAGGUCUUGGAGAUCAUGCCCGAAGAGUACUUGAAUAGCAACGAGACGUGGAAUCAGUGUGACAACGUGCAGACUGAGGUCGGUUGUUACACGAAAUUCGUAUACCGUUACAAUGACGACGAUUACACUGUGGAGUUGGUUGUUACGCACGAAAAGGACUGCGGUAAAACGUAUUUUAUGUUCGGCGGCAUAUUCCUGCUGACACUUCUGCUAGUAGGUGCCGGCACCCUGACAGCCUGGAAGCUGCUGGUGGACGCUCGCGACCGCCGCGAGUUCCUGCGCUUCCAACAACAGCACGCAUUAGACUCCUCCAAGCCGCGCCUGAACGAUCUCUACGAAUCACCCUCCACCAGGAUCAAUAAUCCUACGUAUAGAAAGAGAUCUGUUAAUUUUAAUUAAAUAAAUAUUAUAUUAUUGAAUAGUACUGCUCUAUGAGUCGUAAAGGUUUGUUGCUGUUAUGUAAACAAUGCCGAUAUUCGGAGGAUCACUUUAAAAGCUCAUCAAUUAUAACUUGUUAGUCACUAUCCAAACAUUUCAAUUGUAAGUAAAAUUACCUGACACCCUAACCCCAACACUUGCUUCACUACCCUUAACUUAAGCAACAAUAACAUUGUAUCCUUUACGGUACCGAAAUCAAUAAAAAAAUUGACUUUGUACAAAAUGGAUACGGGAUGGCGACACUGUUGCCAAAAGGCUCAAACAAAUAUUGAGUUUCUAGAUUCCCUGUAAGUUCAGUAACUUCAGCUUUAUUUUAGAGACUGACUUUUACAGACUUUUUUCCAAAGAAUUGUCUUCAAACUGUAGUUUCAAAUUACAAAAUCUCAAACGUUAUUCAAAUAAACAAUCUCAACAAA